UUGUCCCCUAAAAGCUAAUAGAUAAAAUGGCGUCUGAAAACAGCUCAGAAUCCCAAGAUGAGAAAGCAGCCCUUUUAGAAACGGGUGCAGAGGGAGAUGCUCUUUCGCAAUGUGAUGUAGCAGCAAAACAAAGGGAGUCCAAAUUAACGCUCUAUCACUGGACGCAGUCUUUCAACUCCCAGAAGGUGCGUCUGGCCAUAGCAGAAAAGGGCUUACACUGUGAAGAGUAUGACGUGAGCCUUCCUCUCAGUGAGCACAAUGAGCCUUGGUUUAUGCGUCUGAAUCCUACAGGUGAAGUUCCAGUCUUAGUCCAUAAUGACAACGUUAUCUGUGACCCGACACAGAUUAUGGAGUACCUGGAGCAGAACUUUAAUGAUGAUGGCACACCCAAGCUGAUCCCUGAGGAAGGCAGUACUUAUUAUCACAGAGUGCAGCACUACAGAGAACUACUGGACUCACUACAGAUGGAUGCUUACACCCAUGGCUGCAUCCUACAUCCUGAGGUCACUGUGGACUCCCACAUACCAGCAUAUGCAGCCACAUGCAUACGAACACAGAUAGGAAACACACAAUCAGAGCUGAAGAAACUGGCUGAGCAGAACCCGGAACUUAAAGAUGCGUACAUAGCAAAACAAAGGCGCUUGAAGUCCAAGCUGUAUGACCAUGACAACAUGAAAUAUCUGAAGAAGCUGCUUGAUGAACUGGAAAGUGUGAUGGAUCAAGUAGAGACAGAAUUACAGAGGAGGGUGGAGGAAACACCAGAGGAAGGCAGUCCAUCCUGGCUGUGCGGUGAGUUCUUCAGCAUGGCCGACGUCUCUCUGGCAGUCACCUUACACCGUCUCAAGUUCCUUGGCCUCUCCCGUCGCUACUGGGGCAACGGUAACCGCGUCAACCUGGAAACAUACUAUGAGCGUGUGGUAGAGCGUCCAGCCUUCAGGAGAGUUCUGGGCCAUGUCAACAACAUCCUGAUAUCUGCUGUCCUCCCUGUGGCAUUUCGUGUGGCCAGAAAGAAUGCACCAGUUAUCGUUGGUACGACUCUGUUGAUAGGCAUUCUGGGAGGAGCUACAUACCUUGCUUUUCUUUACAUGAAGAAAAGGCUGACAGUCUCCAUCUGAGUUACAUGAUUUUGAACUGAAAUGGGGACUGGGUCGCAGAAAGAUGAUGCAAAACAGGUUAUAUGUGUCUAAUAUCUUAAUACAAAUUUACAUGAUGGAGUGCACAGAAGUUAAUAUAACACAAAAUUAAAACCCUACGAACCUUAAAUCUUAAUCUGUCUUAGUCUGUGUUGCUUGUUGCACAACAUGCCCUUUUAGUCAUCCCAAAAACAUGACUGGAGCAUUUCACACCAAAGGAUUGACAUAAAGAUCUAUACAGGUGUUGUUAUCUGUUUUUUAUUUUGUUAUAAAGCACAUAUAAGCCGACAAUAUUUGACAAGUCAGAUAUCAGCCUGUAAACAGCAUUGCAUUUGGUAGGUGCUGAUGCAUUUUUGGAAAUACACAGUAGAUGGUCUGAGAAGCAGGAGUUUAGACUUUUAUUCCAUGCUUUCAUAACUCAACUUUGACACAAAUAUGAAAAACGUGAUGUGUGCAGUGAUAUGCACCUUUUGUGUUUACACCGGACUGGAAUUAGUUGAAAUAGUCUGGUCUUCUAGAGAAAAUGGAAAACACAUAAAUAUGCCCAGGAAGAGUAUGAUCUUUGUUUUUUGAGUCAAACUAAAUUGAAAAUAUCAUGAAAUACAUUUUAUGUGUGAGCAAAUAAUUGUGUGCUUUCUAAUCGAAUUAUCGUCUAAUAUUUGCAUGUCAGAAUAUGUGAAAAGUCCACUGAAGGCAUGCUGUCUGCUUAAUGUGAGAUGUUUGUACCGCAUUUAGUUUUUUCUCAAUUCAACAUUAUAUGUACUCCAGGUAGCAUCUUUCAUCACACUUUCUCAUAUGAUGUUCUGAAUGACUUUGAUGCAUGUUUUUCUUUUUUUUCCCCUCAGUUGACCUCUUCUCCAGAUCAUUGUUCAUCUACAUAUAUCAAUUAAACUCAUCCCAAACAAUGCACAA